UUUUUUAUAUGAAUAACAAGAAAUUAUACUCCGCAAUAGAAUAGCAAUGCAGAAACAAGAGGUUAAAGAAGAGGAAAGAAACAGUAACAAAAAAGAAGAGAAAAAUGAAAAGGAAGGAGAUGAAGGAACUAAGGAGAGUAACCAAACACCAUUAAUGGCACUAAACCAUAUUUCAAGGCUAUGCAGAGAUGUGAAGGAAUCCAUAGACUUCUACACAAAGGUGUUAGGGUUUGUUUUGAUUGAGAGGCCUCAAGUUUUAGAUUUUGAAGGUGCUUGGUUGUUUAAUUAUGGAGUUGGUAUUCACUUGGUGCAGUCCAAAGAGGAACAGAAAUUACCUUCACCUGAUGCUCAACAUGACUUGGAUCCUCAAGACAAUCAUAUAUCAUUUCAGUGCGAAGAUGUAAAAGGCAUGGAGAAAAAAUUGAAGGAAAUGAAAGUGAAGUACAAGAAAAGGAAUCUAGAAGCAGAAGAUGGAACAACCAUGGAUCAAAUUUUCUUCAACGACCCAGAUGGAUUCAUGGUAGAAAUAUGCAACUGUGAGAAUCUAAAACUCACUCCUGCUGAUUCACAAGGCAAGAUAAAGAUUCCAAUGGAUCGCCACACACCACCUGUGGAGACAAAUCAAAAUGAGCAUGAUAAUGUAAAAUAAACUUUGAGUUUUCAUAAGGUUAUGUUUAUUAGUUUUCAUAAGUUUACUUUCAGCUUUCAUAGGUUAAACUAAUGAAAAUUUGAUUUUAAGAAGUAAACCAAAGAAUUGUCUCAAAUAUGAUCGUUGUAUAUACUCUAUUAAUUAUUUGUGUCUUU